AUGGCUUGUUCCUGUUGGGUGCUUGAAUCUAGUCUUGUGUUGUGGGGUUUUUUUUCUGUUUUCUUCAGGAACACGAACGAACUCAAAAGGUUUUUCUCACAAAUGGAGGUGAUGUGGGUCACAAGUCAUGCAAGAAAUUUUGUGGGGAGAGCGUUGUUUCUCUUGGUUUUGUUCUUGUGGAUUCCUUCACAGGUGGUGGUGGGAAGGACAAGAACUACUAUCACAAACUCUACCACUUCUUCGACACCAAGAGUUUUGAGAGUUGGAGCACUGUUCACUGUUAAUUCUAUAAUUGGAAGAUCGGCUAAACCUGCAAUCAUUGCUGCUUUCGAAGAUGUUAAUGCUGAUUCAAGCGUUCUCCCCGGCAUUAAACUGGAAGUUUCUUUGCAUGAUACAAAUUGCAGUGGGUUUGCUGGAACAAUGGAAGGUAAUUGUCAAAACUUGAAUUUAUGA